UGACAUUCCCAUUUUAUUAAAGAGUUGGGUGCGUUCUCAAGUCAAUGUUAAUUCUUGCCUCUUCUUUCGUUGCGUUUAUGAUUGAUUAUCAUCCCGAAAACGACCCAUCAACGCAUUAAGCUUUCGUUUUCCAUUCUUUGCUGACGGCGUAGAAUUUCUUCCCACAAAAUCUAUCUUCCUCCUUAUCCUUCCAAUUUCAAUCUCAAUCAUCAAAUAAAUAAGCUUCUGAUACACCUAUAAACAAGGACGCUCGAAUGGCCCAUCCACGUUUGCACUGUCUCUGACACAACAUCACCACUUUGUUGUUCUUUUUUGCCUAUAUCAUUCAUGGAAACUGGACGAAACGAAACACCCUUUUUGGUUUUUCGUUUUGUCUCUAAAUUUUUAUUAUGCGCCAUCUCUGGAACUCUUACAGCAUGUUUUGCCGUUGCUGGGGCUUUAACAGGAGCUAUAGCUGGUGCUUUAGCAGCUAAGGCUACAAAGAGUGGUUUUCUCCGGGGAGUUUCAUUAGGGGCCAUUGCCGGGGCUAUACUCUCGGUCGAGGUAUUGGAAGCUUCCCGGGCCUACUGGUGUAUGGAGCAAACUGGUUCGCGAGGAACGUCAUCUAUGGUUGGUGAUUAUUUCAUAGAGGAACUUGUUCGUGGAAGACUUGUAGAAGAAUCGCUUACUCCUGCUAUUUUAACUGCUUACAAUUUGCAAUUUGAGCAGGUUGGAAUCGCUAAUAACGCUGGUUAUGAUGAGAUUCACGAUGUUCAUAGCUUAAUAGCAUCCAGAGGAUUGUCAGGAGAUUCAUUGAGUAAGCUACCGCACCAUACGAUCUUGAAGGACAUGAAGGCAGAGGAUACUUUCUGUGCAAUAUGUUUACAGGAUAUGGAAGUAGGUGAAGUUGCAAGAAGCUUACCUCAUUGUUACCAUACAUUUCACUUGAUAUGUGUGGAUAAAUGGCUUGUGAAGAAUGAUUCAUGUCCUAUUUGCAGACAGAAUGUGUAGUUUUUUCCUUGGUAGUAUUUUGCGUGUAUAUUUAUGGGCAGAUAUGUUGUAUUAUUAGCUGUUUAUAUAUGUGCAAACUCUCAUUUUGUACAGUUGACAUUUUCAUUUUGUGAUCUAGUCCCAAUAAUGUCAUGUGGGUAGAAAAGCAAAUGCUUAAUUAUCAUGUUUCAAUGAGAAAUUGAUAGUCAAAUUUGAGGAGCUAAAUUAAUCAA